GCGCCUCUUGAACUCGUUCGACCAUCAUCACCACUAAAUGGUCGUAUCUUGAAAACUCUCUUUCAUCGCCCAUCUUUCUCCAUGUCUGGCCUCAAAAAUUCUCCUUUUGGCAAACGUUUGCGCGCGUCGCACCAGAAGUCCGACGAACGGUCGCUCAAAAGAAAUUGUCCCCGGAUUAACCCAAUUUUUGGAGGACUUUCGUCUGCUCCAUCAUCGACGCCCUCAUUGGACUCGGGGGCUGGCUCAAGCGAGAGCAGCGGUUCAGAAUCGCCAAUUGAACUUCCUAGAAUAAACAGAGAUUAUGGAGACAGAUUCGUGCCAUCGAGAGACGCUGGUGAUAUGCGAACAUCCUACCACCUCAUGGAACAAGGUGAACCUUCCACUCCUUCGAAGAAGAGCAGAAUCAUUCCUUCAGAGUCCGACGCUCUUAAAGAACAAGCAAACGCUCUUUUUACAUCUGUCCUUCACACUGAAGUCACUCCCCCAUCACCUCAUCGACCCGCUUCCCCAACACGCCCUAUAGCAUCCACCGCUAUACUCCCUAGUACUCCAACUCGCAAGCGCCUUUUUGCCUACAACUCGCCCUCGCACUCCCAACCCAGCACCCCGACGAGGAGAUUGGAUACUCCUACUGAUGAGGCCUAUUCAAUGAGCCCUGUGAGGGCUCAGAGUAGGCAACUGCUCGAAAGCCCUCGCAGACAGUUACGUAGCGUCUGUAAGACACCUUAUCGUGUUCUGGAUGCUCCAGAACUUGCGGAAGACUUCUAUUUGAACCUCGUAGAUUGGUCCAGUACGAAUGUUCUGGGAGUCGGGUUGGGUUCGUGCGUGUAUCUUUGGACCGCCCACAACGCACAAGUGUCGAAACUCUGUGACCUAGCAGAACAGAGAGACACUAUAAGUUCAGUCUCGUGGGUUCAAAAGGGAUCAACGCUUGCAGUAGGGACCCUAUCAGGUAGACUUCAUGUCUACGAUGCCCACACUCUUCAACUUCAAAGGACUUACGAACAAGCUCACCUCCAGCGCAUCGGUGCCCUUUCGUGGAAUUCCUACAUCUUGUCGUCUGGCUCUCGUGAUCGUCAGGUACAUCACCGAGAUGUACGAGACCCCAGCUCCCGUCCUUUCAAGCGAUGCUUGGGUCACAAACAAGAGGUUUGUGGGCUCAAGUGGAGCGGAGAUGGCGGUGUCACUACUGCAAAUCUGGCGAGCGGCGGGAAUGACAACAAAGUCUGUGUUUGGGAUUUGCGUGGCUCAAAACGGGCUCAGGCAGCCGGGGCUCCAAAUGCUGGUCGUGCUUUAGGUGGAGUUACAGGAGCAGAGGAUGGUACAGGGCCUGGAGAUGUGCCUUUAUGGAAAUUCCAUGAACACACCGCAGCGGUCAAGGCCCUAGCAUGGGACCCCCACGUGUCUGGCGUGCUUGCAACUGGUGGAGGAACCCAGGAUAAACACAUCCGAUUUUGGAACACGGUAAAUGGAACCAUGCUUAACGAACUGGAUACUGGUAGUCAGGUCUGCAACCUCAUAUGGUCUCUCACGUCACACGAACUUGUCUCGACCCAUGGAUUUUCUUCUACUACUGCUCAGAAUCAGAUAUGUAUAUGGAAAUACCCAACGCUCAAUAUGGUUGCUUCGCUAACUGGUCACACCAACCGUGUGUUGUAUCUAGCCAUGUCUCCCGACGGGGAGACUAUAGUGACAGGCGCGGGAGACGAGACCCUACGGUUCUGGAAUGCUUUUCCCAAGAAGGAAAGGAAUGAGCGCGAGGCUGAGAGUCGACUGGAUUAUGGAAAACUUAUCCGGUAGUUACUUGGUCCAUUUACUUCUCGGUCUUCCCCUUCGCACUCUUCAUAAGGAAUAGCUAACGUCAGUUCACUCAACAUCGGCGUCCAUUCUUUCCUGCAAAUGUCUAUUCAUGCUUCUAUUUACUCUGCAUCGUCGCUGACAUUCUUCACCUUGUAUUCUUCCUUGCAUUUCCAUCUUCAUGUUCACAUAGCUCCAUCUACAUCUCUUGCACACUCACCUACACCACUAUCCUGCCCUCUUGAGCUCUGUUAAUGCACAUACCAAUGCUAUCGCGCUUUACCGCAUCUUUCAGGUUGAUAUAUUCCUUUUGUUCAUGUUGAUACAAUAUCUCACUAAGACCCUAUCGAUUUGUUUACGAGGCUAGUAGUUUUCUGCUCCUUGUGUGUUGUUCUUUUAAAUAUUGGUUCUAUCAUGUUUGAUCCGGUCUAAUCAAUCCUUGGAAACCC